UUAAUCGGUGGAGAAAAACUUCCGUUGACAAGAAUGAACAACAAUCAGAAGUUUUGAAGUGGCAGAGAACUGUCUCGAGUUUCGGCAACUUCAGACCGCUGACGACGUCAUAUCGAUGUCGACUUGCUUUUGUCAAUUCGAAUAGCAGACCGCGUGGUCGACCGUGGAUUCAAAAUGGCUGAAGACUGCAGUGAAAACGACGACUUUCAAAGCGACGACAUUGAGGAAGAAAUUCUUACGGACAGCAAUGAUGGGACCAGCAAAAACGCCCUUGGUAGCCAGGAGGGGCGUAAAAAGAAAAGGGGGAUAGUUUACCUUUCUACGAUACCGAAAUACAUGAACGUUACCAAAGUGCGAGAGAUAUUUUCGGAGUACGGAGAACUUGGUAGAAUCUAUCUCCAACCAGCAGUGGCGAAGGUCGAAGAAGGUAAAAAAGUUAAGAAGAAGAAGACACCAGCGAAGCACUUCACGGAAGGAUGGGUUGAAUUCGAAAGUAAAAGAGUUGCGAAGCAUGUGGCUGCAACUCUGAAUAACAAACAGAUUGCGACGAGGAAGAAGAGUAAAUUCUACGAUCUGCUGUGGAACAUAAAAUAUCUUCCGAGGUUUAAGUGGGUGCACCUCAGUGAACGCUUGGCGUAUGAAAGAGCGGUUCACAAACAGCGUCUUAGGACAGAGAUUGCACAAGCUAAAAGAGAGGCUAAUUUCUUCUCAUAUAAUGUGGAUAGGAGUAAGAAACUGAAAAAGAAACAAGAAAAAGGAGAAACUACUAAUUUCCAAAUGCCCAACAUAAAACAGCGGGAGACUGAUGCAGAAAUAAGAGCAAAGAAGAACGAGAAUCAAAAUCCUGAUGACAGAAAAGAAUUCCUCAAAUCUCUCUUCUCGUGAUAUAUGAAAAAAAUUAUUAAGACUGUAUUUUAUGACGUGAAAUAUAAAUAUCCGUUAAAUUUA